AGUCGAGCAGCGGCGGAGCGCAGCACCGAGGACAGUUUUCUCCGCCAGUCUUUCGUACUAACAUCUGAUACUAUGCUCAUCGCUUCGAGUGCAGACUGGCACUAGAACAGAAGGGCAGCUGAACCCCCACGACCCCAUGACUUUGGUUUUGUGAGUAGGAGCUCUAUGUGGAUCAAGAGUUGAAGAAGGAGCACCUGAGACUAGUGGUGAGCUAGUCGCACCACCCUCAGCUCUACCAACGCCUCCCCCUCCCACCUUCCUCAGCCUAAACCCAUCGUCCUCUGCCUCCACCCUUCUCUCCCGCUUCUCGUGGGAACUACACGCUGUCAUGUCUCCCUUCGCCUCACCCACCUCCAUCCUCCUUCUCCUCCCCCUCCUCCUCCUGCUGCCUCCCUGUCAGCCAGAGUCCCAGCGUAUUGAGCCCAGCGGCGACCCCGACCUAAGAGCGGUCUCACCCUCCAUAUUCCCCUCGUCCUUCCUGCCUUCCGUGUCUUACGGUAACAGCACCAAGCCCAGGGGCAAGUGUGAGGAGGCGACAGUGUGCAGGCCUGGCAUCCUGCUGCCCGUCUGGCAGCCCAACCAGCCCGGGCUCGGCGACCAGGUGGCCAGAGCUGUGGUCUACUUCGUGUCACUCAUGUACAUGUUCCUGGGAGUGUCCAUCAUCGCGGAUCGCUUCAUGGCGUCUAUAGAGGUCAUCACAUCACAGGAGAAGGAGGUGACCAUCACAAUGCCUAACGGGGAAACAUCAGUGGCGACGGUUCGAAUCUGGAAUGAAACUGUGUCCAAUCUGACGCUCAUGGCUCUGGGCUCCAGCGCCCCGGAGAUACUGCUGUCUGUUAUAGAGGUGUGUGGUCACAACUUUGAGGCCGGCGAGUUGGGACCAGGAACCAUCGUUGGCAGCGCUGCCUUCAACAUGUUUGUGAUCAUCGGGAUCUGCGUGUGGGUGAUCCCCAACGACGAGACCCGCAAGAUCAAACACCUCAGGGUGUUCUUUAUCACCGCCUUCUGGAGCAUCUUCGCCUACAUCUGGCUCUACCUCAUCCUGUCUGUCAUGUCGCCGGGCAUCGUGGAGGUGUGGGAGGCCGUGGUGACCCUGCUCUACUUCCCAGUGUGUGUCAUACUGGCUUGGAUCGCCGACCGUCGUCUGCUCUUCUAUAAGUACAUGGGCAAGCGUUACCGUGCCGACAAGCGCCACGGCAUCGUCGUGGAGACUGAGGGAGACUUGACACCCAAUAAGGGCGGCAUGGAGAUGAUCAUAGACGGCAAAUUCCCGCCACGAGGGGGCGCCGUGGUCCCUGCCGAAAACUGCGGGGGAGCUCAGGGAGGCGCUGCAGCCAAUAACGUUGGUGCGGCAGCAGGAGCCAUGGCAACGGGAGCUGGGGGAAACCUGCCCAACUCCAACAGCAUGAUGGUCAAUGUGGAGAGCAGCAAGGAGCUGGACGAGAGCCGCAAAGAGGUGAUUCGUAUCCUGAAGGAACUGAAGCAGAAAUAUCCCGACAAAGAGCUGGACCAGCUGGUGGAGCUGGCCAACUACUACGCCCUGCUGCACCAGCAGAAGAGCAGAGCCUUCUACCGCAUACAGGCGACUCGUAUGAUGAUCGGAGCCGGUAACGUCCUGAAGAAGCACGCAGCCGACCAUGCCCGCCGCACAGCUGUAACUGACGAGGAGGCACCAGAGGAAGAGGACGUGGGGAUAUGCAGCCGCAUCUCAUUUGAAAGCGCCCACAGCCAGUGCAUGGAGAACUGUGGCGUUCUGACACUGGCUGUAGUCUGCCAUGGGGGUCUGGGAGAGAACACCUUCUAUGUGGACUACAGGACAGAAGAUGGUUCGGCCAACGCUGGGUCGGAUUACGAGUACAGCGAAGGAACGCUGGUGUUCAAACCGGGAGAGACUCGUAGAGAGAUCAAGGUCGGUAUAAUCGAUGACGACAUCUUUGAAGAGGAUGAGCACUUCUUCGUGCGCCUGCUGAAUCUGCGUGUUGGUGACGCAGAGGGGAUGUUUGAGAGCGAUGAAGUGGGUGCCCUCCCCAAAGCUCGCUUGGUUGAGCCCCUGGUUGCCACGGUGACCAUCCUGGAUGACGACCACGCUGGCAUCUUCACAUUCAGCGAGCGCAUGGUGCGGGUGAGCGAGAGCGUGGGCACCAUGGAGGUGACGGUGGCUCGCAACUCGGGCGCCCGCGGCACCGUCAUCCUGCCGUACCACACUGAGUCAGGCACCGCCAAGGCCGGAGAAGACUAUGAGGACGCCCGGGGAGAGCUGGAGUUCACCAACGACCAGACCACUCAGACGCUCCUGGUGAGGAUAAUUGAUGAUGAAGAAUAUGAGAAACAUGAAAACUUCUUCAUUGUGUUGGAGGAGCCACGCUGGCUGAAGAGAGGAAUCUCAGCUCUGCUGCUCAACCAAGAGGGGGUGGAGGGGCAGAUGAGUGCUGAGGAGGAAGAGGCCCGGAGGAUAGCUGAGAUGGGGAAGCCCAUCCUGGGAGAGCACAGCCGCCUGGAGGUGGUCAUCGAGGAGUCAUAUGAGUUCAAGAGCACCGUUGACAAGCUCAUUAAGAAGACCAACCUGGCGCUGGUGAUCGGCACACACUCCUGGAGGGAACAGUUUGUUGAGGCGGUCACUGUCAGCGCAGGUGACGGCGAUGACGGUGAGGAAGGUCGUGAGGAGCGUCUUCCAUCUUGUUACGACUACGUCAUGCAUUUCCUCACUGUCUUCUGGAAGGUUCUGUUCGCCUGCGUCCCGCCCACAGAGUACUGGAACGGCUGGGCCUGUUUCUUCGUCUCCAUCAGUGUCAUCGGCCUCCUCACCGCCGUCAUCGGCGAUUUGGCGUCACACUUCGGCUGCACCGUGGGUCUGCGGGACACAGUGACUGCAGUGGUGUUUGUGGCAUUGGGAACUUCUAUUCCAGACACCUUCGCUAGCAAAGUGGCCGCCAUGCAGGACCAGCACGCCGAUGCAUCUGUCGGAAACGUCACUGGUAGCAACGCUGUCAACGUGUUCUUGGGGAUCGGCGUGGCCUGGUCAGUGGCCGCCGUCUACUGGAAAAUCAAGGGGAAGGAGUUCAAGGUGGACCCGGGGUCGCUGGCCUUCUCUGUCACGCUCUUUACCAUCUUCGCUUUCAUCUGCAUGGCUGUGCUCCUGUUCAGACGCCGGCCCUCCAUUGGCGGAGAGCUCGGUGGCCCAAGGGUGCCCCGCCUCCUGACCAGCCUGCUGUUCCUGGGCCUGUGGUUCCUCUACAUCCUUUUCUCCAGCCUGGAGGCCUACUGCCACAUAAACGGCUUUUAAAAACGGAGAUGGAGAAAGUUCUGGAAGAAUAUUGCACAACAACACACACAUAUACUUUAACACUCAGUCCACACAGCUCACAGUUCGACAUGAAACAAGUGUAUGAUUCAUCUGUUUAAUGAGGCUCACUGCAGCCUGGAGGUGUCCUGGUCUUCGAUACAGGGACACUCAAAUACUCCAGAUACAUGUUCACACACACACACUUUAUAUGUACACAUGUGUAAACAGAUCAGAUCAUAAGAGACACACACAGGCACAGUUACAGGCAUGAUGUAGGGCGAGAGGAAGUGUUUGUGAAGGGCGAGAAGUGAGGAUACAAAAGGUUACAGUGGCAAAGUUAGACGAGGGAAGAUGGAGAGACAGAGAGAGCGGCUGUGGAGUUUUCAAGGUGAAGAGAGGGUCAGCCUCUGGAGCGCUGUUUCAUUCUGUGGUAUAGAAGGUUUAUUUUAGAGUCAGGUGGGUUUAGGUUGGAUUAGAGGAUCAGACCACUGAUAGAGAAGAGCAGGCCUGUUAUUGUUAAGAUGGAACAUAAACCUGUGCACACUGGACAACAUUUCUCCUGAGUUACAUCCUACAACAAAACGUGUCCCUGCCACCUCUCCAUCUUUACUGGUACAGCUCCACGUUUCCUCACAGAGGAGGUGGAGUGCUGUGUGAAAAAAGGAGUGGAAUGUUUACAGCAACAUGAAGUCUGUUUACUACAGGAGAGUCAUAUAAAGUGGUGAUGCUUGUCUAAUGCACAGUAUAGAUGAAGGCUGUUCUCCACACACGCUGUAAAUAGUAAAAAACGAUGUACAUAUAGAGUGUAGUGUUUUCAGGAGGCAGAUAGUGUUGCCACCAGUGAAAUACGUAGAGAGGGUGAAAGAAAGGAUCCCCCAGAAUGCAAAGCUACUUUUUUGUAUAGAAAGCCAAAUUACAGUGAAAAGAGGGUUUUUGAAAUUCAUGCACAGACUGGAACCAGGCCACAGGUCCCAAACAUUAGAAAGUGAAGUUAAUGACUGAAAUCUUAGCUGAGCAAAUAAACAAAUGAUGAACUGGUGAAAUACAAGUUUAGAAGUGGCUGACAGUUUUUAAAGAGCCAUUCCUCCCCAGCGUCUUUGUGUUCCAGUCAGAUGUGUCUGUUAACCAGAUGUUCUCUCUCUGGCGGAGGCUUGUGUGUCAAACUAAAGGAUUAUUUUUUUGCAUGUGUAGCCAGAUACGGAGCAUCUUCACAUAAUAAGUCUCAUAUAUAUACUAUGUAAAAGGGAAUGAACAGAAUCCACCUGUAGAUUACAUGCCUGCAUUUGUGUGUCUGCUUGGUGAACAGAAACUAUCAGCUGGUCCUUGGUGAUAACUCCUUCCCGUAGAAAUGUGUGUGUAGGCAGGCAGGAAGGAGGAGAGGCGUUUGGUCUGAGAGGAACAAAAGGACAUUUUCCUCCUCAGAAAAGAUUAAAUAUGUAGAGUCUUUGUUUGAGGCUUUUUGCUCCAUCCAGAUGGACUGAGAUCACUGAACAACAGUCAGUCAUCACUGUGACACUGUGGUAGUGACAGACUCAUCCAUUACUGUGGCAUGUAUCCUGACAGACUAAUCCUCUAUCUUUAGUGACAGCAGCAUGUCAGACAGAGAGAGACUUAACAGUGUUAGUUUAGCUCAGUGGUUCUCAAACUUUUUCUGGCAUGCCCUCCUUCAGAAGCCAAAAAAAACCCCAACCCACAAUUUUUGUCAAUCGUAAAUAAUAAUAGGGGAAUUAAUUGUGUGAAAUACAGAUCAGCACUGUUUUGUUUAUUUCCUCUACAUAAAUCAUAUUCACUCAACUUAAUUUCACUCCAUAUUUUCCUCA